UAUCGCAAGCGCGGAGCACUCAGGUAUAUACCAAGUCUAAUCUGAAAGCCCUAAUCAGGAUCACAUGCACUUAUGCAAUCCAGCAGCUCCCUACUUCACAGGAUACAGCAACCCACAUUACUAGAGUCUCUGUUGUUAAUACUAAUUGCUACUAAUUGUGCAACAAGCUAUACUCAUGUCUACAACACUCUCAUUCUCUGCUCGCUAAAUUGCCUUAACGUUUGGAAACACUAUAUUUUCUGCUUGACCCACACACAACUAAUACUAUGAGGGCGAUAGUCGAGUCAGAAGGCAGGCUGAUUGAUUAUGGUAGCCGCUUGGUGACGCUGAAGAUGUACAUCGGGAGCUUAGUUUUCCUCCGGUAUCCCAAAGGGGAAUACACGUUCCGCUGGCCGAUGCGACUGGUAGAGGGCAUACACAAUGUUCCCCAGCCAAGUACUGUUGGUUUCGAAAAAGUGUACAAGCGCAUUAUUAAAGAAGAAGACCUGAAGAACAAGAAGCUUCUCCGCUGCUUUUCCACUACUAUAGCCUUCAAGGCUGAAUACCAGGGAAGAGAUGUCUUUGUGAAGUAUGCUCGCGACGAAGACAAGGUGACGGCUCUCAUCGCUGAAUCGGUGAUAGGAUUUAGAUUCCUCCCAAAGCACGCAUAUAUACAGGAGUAUCUCGGAGUCACACCAAACGGCCUGGUCUCUGAAUACUUCGAAGGAGAGGAGCUUUCGAUGGUGGACAGCCUAUCGGAUGUGGGGAAAAGCAAAUGCCUUGCGGCGCUGAAGGUCCUCCAUGACAAGGAGAUAGUUCAUGGCGACUUGGGGCCGCAAAACAUCUUGGUAAACGGGGAUGAGAUCAAACUGAUCGACUUCUCCUACGCGUACAGCAAGACAUGGAAUAUCGACCAUGCAUACGAAGACGGCUACGUACACUCCACCCCCGCUGCCGAAGUCGAAAAGCUAACUGAGCAUCUGAAGAAACUAAAAAGCAGCUAGUAAUUUUUUGAAUAUCUAUAAUCCGGUACUGGCUGGUAUGGUAUUCAAUAGCCACAUAGACCAAGUGUCAGGGACACGACAAAGACACGUAAAAUUGACCUUUUUAGUGGCAAAAGUGAUUAACUGAUAAGGUAUUAGUAUGGAUCAUACAGCUUGGGGGAAAAGACGAGCCAUCGCAGAAACAGGGAUGCUGUUGUGUUUGUUGAAUGUGUGGGGAUUUUAAAAGG